CUGUUGGAUUAUCAAUAGCCUGAUGGAGAUGCAACAAGAGCGACUGGGAUCAGCGUCACUUCUGAAAAACACGGACAUUUAAAACAGGUGGCAGAUCCAGCAGCAGUUCAAUCUGUCCUCAUCAUCUUCUGCUUCAAUAAUAGGCUGCCAUCUGAGAGCCGCUGAGAUAUACAGUGCGCAGGCUCCCCAGCAUCAGACCCCAGAGCAACACACAGCCGACAUUUGGCCGACGCAUUCCUGGUUUGAUAGGCACAAACUCGAAGACGGUUCUGGAAAGGAGCGGUAUCUCGUAACAAGGACACAAAGACAAAUUCUGUGGGAGAUCUCUGCUGGAACCACAGUCAGUGGAGGAGCUCCUGCUUUUUGUUUCUCAUUUUUCCACCAGUGAACUCUCCUCAGAAGGUUAGAGGAGCAUGUAACUGAAACAAGUGGAGCCCUUGGUGAUUUCAGCAUUCUGUCUUCCCCAUCUGUGCCUACAUUCUCAGCUACAGAUAGGGACGUUUUGAUAAUUACAUACAAUUAUAAUUUCUGUGGGAGACGGAUCUGCCUCUGUCUAUUAUUGCCAACACCUCCAACACAAUAACUUCACACAUUUACAUAUUUCUCAACAAAACUGAUAGUCUUUGAACCCCGGAGACGAAUCAGGAACAAUUUUACUAACAGAGACUUGUCACACGCAGAAGCAAUGUGCCAUUCAUCUCAUAACUAAUUAGGGAUACAGAUGACAGACAUGGGUAACAUUAUGUGCCUAAAAUCGGACUAAAACCAUGGCAUUGACCUCGUUUUGCGAUAUAUUUUACAGGCUCAUAUUAAUUCUUUCAGUUCAUGCUUACCCCUAAUUUUUCUGUUAUUACAGACUUUUAGCACAUAAGCAGAGCUGUUCUCAUUAUCACUCACAGCCCAGUCACAGGAACGGCCCAUGCCGGCCGAGUACCGAUACAAGAUAAUCCAGCAAUGAAUAAGAUUUAGAUGGAUAACGUGUCGAUAUAUGAGUGCCUGGAUUUGGUUAGGAUAAAGACCAUGAGCAUUAAUGGACAGAACUGUCUGUUCCAGACAGAAAAGCACGUGAUAUGAAGAUAUAUUGAUUUGAUUCAUUUUUCUCAACCGGAGAAUAAUCUGUUUCAGGAAUAAUAAGUGCCCAUUCUGAAUGUACGCAAAGCCAAACCGAAAACAACCAGGCAGAAAGUAGGCAAACAGGCUAAACUUACAAGUGCCACGAUAAACACAGGAAUGUACAGAGAGGCCAUAUUUUAUUGAACUAACGCGCUACUAAUUUCUAGUGGACUCUGUGGAUACAAAAAAAUGUUUAAGUAAGGCUUGCAUUUGAUAUUUGUUUAUUCAUUAAAUGGAUUUUGUAAGACAAAGCAUUCAAAAUCAAAUGUAUAGAUGUUGUUAAACUAAAAUUUUCCCUUUUAGUGUUACCUCUUAUUUAAUUCAAGGCCUGAAGAUGAAGUCAUUGUGGUUUCAGAGUUCCUUUUUGGAAGGCCUUUGAAACUGUUUUUCUACUGUUUCUACCGAGAAACACACAAAAAUUUCUAUGAUCUGGUCUGAUUUUUAUCCCUCUUGAGCGUUUACUGCCAUUAUUACUCAAUACGAAUACUGACACAUGCUAAAGCCAGACGCAAGCAUCACUGACUGAAACUACUGAUACAUCAUCAAUAUCCAGUAGGUUGUACAUGCUACAUGAAUCCUUCACACGGCAUUUUAGUGGGUUAAACUGCAAAAGCGGAUACAGCGUUGUAACGGCAUUGACUCAACAACAGAAAAUAGAUGUCUUAGUCAUGUAAAAAUGACGCCCACCACCAAUCUCAGAGUCCUCGCUGUCUCCCUGCUCUCCCUGCUCACUGUCCCACUUACCACCGCUGUGGAGACCCCCCCUCAGCUCACUGACCGCUCAGGGACAACGUUUACCGAGCAGCCCGACACUGACUCCAGCCCCUCUCUCCUGCUCCUCGCUGUUCAGGCCAAUAUCAGGCCAGCUUCCCUCCGAGGCAGGCCCAAAACCUCAGAGGAGCUACCUGAAACCUCGGAGGGAGUUCUUGAGGCGCCUCCAAGACCCCUGCCCCAGGUAAUGUUCCCCAAGAAUGUCACCUCAUCAGAGGCCCUUGCACCGCCCCUAGGUGCAGCCAAGGUAGCACCAGUUCCACCACGCAUGAUGGACCCCUGGAUGGAUGUAUGUCGGGGUUACUAUGACGUGAUGGGACACUUUGACAGCGCGUUCAACUGCUCCAAGGACAGCUUCAUCUACUGCUGUGGAACCUGCCACUACCGCUUCUGCUGUCCAGAGCGUAGACGGCAACUGGAGCAGGACAUCUGUAAAAACUAUGACUCUCCUGACUGGGCCAAGCCACAGACAGAAGCCAUGAUCAUUCCAGAGGAGCUCGGCCUCGACCCAGACUUUGACCCGCUCAAGCAGCAGAGUCACAACACAGGCUUCGUCAUCGGAGGUGUGGUGGUGUUCAUGGUGGCUGUCGCCGUGGGCAUCAAGGUGGUGUUCAACAAGGUCCAGCAGGAAGCUAACCAGAGGGAUCUGAAUAUGCCCAGAGCCCUUGUUGACAUGUUGCGGCACCAGUCGAGUCCGGUCCAGCAGGAUGAGCGAAACAACAGCGUGGCUCUGGCUGUAGGGGAUGGACAAGGCACACUAGGGAGGGCUCCUAAAAAUCUUUACGCCCCAGGACUGCCCAGCAAGGACAACAGAUUGGGCAAUCUGCAGCACAAUUUCAUCCACUCGUCAGGCUCCAGCCCCAAACACACCGCAACCAUCGAACGCACCCCUCGCAUGAACAAUGCUCAGCUGGCAGCUGGAGGCACCCUGCUCUCCAGUAAGCACAACAACACCAAAUCCCAGCCCUCCUUCCACCACUCCUUACACAACCUGGCCCAGCUGCCACCAUCCUAUGAGAGCGCCACCAAGCCUGAGCUCAACAGAUACUCCUCACUGAAACGCCUCGAAAAAGGUCUUGAUGAGUACUCAUCUGGUUACUGCACCACCAAGCGCAGACCUCAUACAGCCCAGCCAGCUCUCCAGUCCUCCCAGCAUCACCUCCACUGGGGGGGAGACUACACCCUCAGUGGGAGAGGAACCCUUCCAAGGCACGCAGUCCGUCCUUGGAUUCCGCCUCCACCCUCUGGUAUGCCUGCCUCUCCCACCCCCAAUCCUUACCCUCUGGAUCCCCCGGAGCCGCAGUAUAAUCCCAACUACGAAACUCUGUCCAAGCCGAGAAAGGUCAAGUCCACCGAUCAGCUGCUCAACACGGGAGACCUCCCGGCCAACACCGGGACCCUGUCCCGCCUGUCUAAGAACCAACAGCACCAGUACUACAAAGCCAUGGCGGCCUCCAACAAGAAUUCCAACACGCAAACCCUCACCAGGAAGACGCAAGACAGGCAGGAGAGGCAGGAACGGCUGCUCAUGUCCCCGGACCAUUUGGAGGAGAGGAUGGGGGUCGGCGGCAUGGGGGUCGUGGAUCCAUACGCGCACACAGGGGGGGGUGUCCCCACGCUGCCCCGGCAGCAGAAGGCCCAGUCCCAGCAGAACGUCUGCGCCACGCCCUCCCUGGACCGCCACCACAUGAUCAAGAUGAACUCUCAUCCCACGUCUGGACGAGAGCAGGAGAGGAACACGACGAUGACAUCGCACAUGAGUGGGGGCGUUGGUUGGGCCGGGGAGAUGCCUGGAGCGGGGGUAGUCAUGGGAACGGGAACACUAGGAGGUCACAGCGCCAGGAGGAUGGCUUUUGCAGCAAAAAGGCAGAACACCAUUGAGCAACUACAUUUCAUACCGGGAGGGGGCGGUGGGGGGUCCGCGGGAAGCGGAGGGGGCAGUCAGGGGAUCAGGACGGGGAGCAAGAAUGAGGUGACAGUGUGA